AUGGAAACACGCACGACGGCUACUCCAUCCCCCCAAAACCGCCCCCUCACUCCCCUCCUGGUUUUACUCUUCAUCUUCCUCGGCGCCGCCGGAGCCUGGCUACUUCGUAUCGAUCCCAUUCAGCAUGAUGUCCCGCGAAAUUUCCAGUCCGUAGUCGCGUCGGGUAAGCUCGAGGACGGCUCGCAACUCAAACAGCACUUCACGGGGCUCACUGUUAUCUACGACACCCUGGCGAACCUCGUAGCUGCUUUUGCGGCUGGACCUACGGCAGUGUGGGCGAUUUUCUAUCAGACUCUGGGCGGGACAGCUAUCAUCCCGCUCUACUACGCCGCCUAUGAGUAUACCUCUAGAAACGACGACUACUACCAGUCCGGCCGGGCGUUAGAUCUUCUCAGUGCGAAAUCCAUCCUCCCUGCGACAGUACUGGCCUACCUGAUCCCUACUAUCGCCAUGUACAUCCCCUUUCAGGAUCCUUCCAUCACGCAGAACUUGAUUGCGUUCUGGCAAAUCACGCCGCUUCGGAUCGGUGCAGAUCGGAAGUAUCUCAACCAAAUUUACUACGCCGCCUUCGUCGUGACGGCCGUCACACACUUGGUAUUGGUGUACAUCUGCCUCACCUCCAACGAUCCACAGACCAAACUCGGGUAUGUAUUUCUACCCAGUAAGGAAACAUUGAAGGAUGGCGUGACCAUGGGGCUGCAUUACAUAUUCCAGUGGGACUUUUGGGGAAUUGCCGGUUCGUCGUUGCUGUGGUGCUGGUUUGUUGUGUUUGACGUACAAAGACUGCUGGGUAGCUCGAGUGUUUGUGGUGUUGCGCAGGCUGGACUGGUGAUCGGGGUGAUGGCGGUUGUGCUUGGGCCUGGGGCGGCUAUGGCGGCUGUUUGGAAGUGGAAGGAGGAUAAGUUGGUUGGAAUUGAGGAGAAGGCUUUGAGGAAGAAGAACUGA